CUGGGUGUAGUCUUGGGGAAUCUGGUAGGUGCCGGGCUUUCAUCCACGUGAGAGUUGGUGCUACUUUGCUCCGUCUUCGGUUUUGGAGCCUCAGUUGAAGCUCUAGAGUAUUCGGACGCGUUCGAAUGAUGCAGCUGCACAGGAGACGCGGGGUAGAAUCCAGCUCAGUCCCCACGGCCUCUGGUGGGGGCAAUGCGGGGCGGUACCUGGAUUGUUGCAGGGGCUGAUCGCUAUGCCACUUGCCACAACGGGAGCGCGGGUGCCUACCCGAUAUCUUCAGGGUUUAUUGCCUGAUCAGCCUCUAAAAAAUUCAUUCAUGUCGUCGAGGUACAUCUUUGGGCCUCAAUUAGUACAGUAAUUAAAGCGUAGUAAUACAGAUCGGUGUCUAGGGUGCUAAGUAAUAGUCAUGGACCAGUCGGUUUGCAAAUGGCAAGAAUAGACUUGUUGGGUCUAGACUUGCUCCUGCCGAUUUCAGUAACGAAGCUCUCAAAGCUCCGAUCAAGGUAAAUUCGUUGAUGACGGGACAGCUCCCAAACAAUACCCAGUCUAGAUCCAAAGUGCUGCUCAUUAUCCGGCCAUCACCGUCAGCCCCAGCCUGUGAUACAAACAAAGCCCAGCCCACAGUGUGCCUCCUCGCCAUCACUCAUUUUCGUCUCGCUACACACCCAGUCAGCAUACACCAUCCCAGAACCAUGGCGACAGCCUCAAUCCCAGAAUACGUCGACGAUGCGGUCGACAGUUGGCUUAUCUGCACCGCCUGCGGAACCCAGUACCCAACAGCCGAUCGCAACUCACUCAAGACGUGCCGAAUAUGCGACGAUCCGCGCCAGUACACCCCUCCCUCGGGCCAGAGCUUCACCACAAUGCAGGCCCUAGAGGAGGCCUGCCACCGCAACGCCUUUCAUCCACACACGCUUUCCCACUCCACCACCGAAGUCGGUGCCAAGGGGAUCUAUCCAACAGGUCCAUUGCUACUCAGCAUCGUGACCGAACCCAAGUUCGCCAUCGGACAGCGCGCGAUCCUGGUCCGCACAAUUGCAGGGAACAUCCUUUGGGAUUGCCUCACUUUUCUGGACAUCGAUACGAUUGGUCGUAUCCGUGCUUUGGGCGGCCUCAAGGCCAUCGUUAUCUCCCACCCCCAUUAUUACAGCGCCCACGCGCACUGGGCAAAUGUGUUCAAGUGCCCAGUGUACCUCGCCUGCGAGGACAAGGAGUGGCUCACCAUGAAAUCCCCGUCGCAGGUGUUCCUGGGCGCCGAUGCCGGCGAGGGCGGCGGCAGCGACGAUGCCGCGGCGGCGACGCACGACAUCCUCAUCUCGGGCCAAAAGUCGGGAUUCCAGGCCAUCCGCCUCGGCGGGCACUUCCCCGGAAGUCUGGUCGGACUCUGCUACCGCCGCCUGUUCGUGGCCGACACCCUCAUCACCACCCCGGCCGGCGUAGGUAACUGGGAGUUCGACGCGAUGGGCUCUCCUCGCUCGCGCCCGCCUGGGAUGAACAGCUUCGCAUUCAUGUGGAGCAUCCCCAACAUGAUUCCGCUCUCGGCCGACGAGGUCGCUCAAAUGUGGGAGAGACUCAAAGGACAUGAGUUCAAGAGCACACACGGCGCGUUCAUGGGCCACGACAUCGAAGACCCCGAAGUGAAGUACAGGGUCCUGUCAAGCAUGCAAAUCCAGGCCUUGCGCAUGGGCUGGCCUGGCCAUGCGUUGCUCGGCGAGUCGCUUUAACGACUUCUCCCUGCUAUCUCUUCAGUCGGAACUUCAAUCGCCAUUACCAGACAUUACAUGAGGGCCAAGACGACACAAGACACGGACAUGCAGGGUACCUUUCCUUGAAGAGAUGUCAUCUCCGGACUGAUUGGUGGAUCUGGGCAAUAUCCUUGCUCGAUGGGAAAUAUCGCGCCGCCAAACUUUGCUACGUGGCAGCAGGCUGUGAGCCAGGUUACAUCUCAAGCACGCAGGGUUCUCGAAAUCGUGUCCCUAUAGGACGGCAUGCAGGGUUCUCGACAUCGUGUCCCUAUAGGACGACAUGCAGGGAACUUUUCCGCCUGGGUAUUCAUAAUUAUCUUCUUUGGCUCUAGCUUCUGCAUCACUUGCAUGCCGAAUUCUACCAUGGAGCGUCUCCUCUCCUGCCCGUAAGCACUUAAACACUUGGGUUACAUGGAGUGCAUAAACGAACAUUCUGGUGGCAAAGUAAACGGCUAGCAAUGCUCGGGACAGGAAUUCCGCCCGCCGCAAAAUAUGGGACAU